AUGGACCGCUUCGCGAUUCAGCGACCACUUGCCGAUGCCCUCUACGGCCGCGUCUUCCUCGCCCACGACACUGCGACUGGAGAGUCUGUGGCCAUCAAACAAAUGAACGUUCUCGCAGCAGCUGCGCAUCGUCCAGUGGGUAACACCCGUCGUGGUCGGAUUGCCGAAAACGUUGCCAUAGAGAAACACGUCAACCGCCUUCUCAGCAGCCACGGCGGCCACCCCCACAUCCUUCGAAUGCGAGCUGACUUUGUUCAAGACGACCACGACCACAUGGUGUUUGAUUACUGCCCCGGGGGCGAUCUAUUUGACGCCCUCAGACAUGGCCCCCUCCUCCCCCCCGUGGCCAAACGUUACUUUCGACAGCUUAUCCAAGCAGUGGGCUACAUUCACGACAAAGGAAUUGCCCACCGCGACCUGUCCCUUGAGAACGUGCUGCUCGACCACCACCACAACUGCAAAGUGUGUGAUUUUGGCCUCGCCACGUCUGUAGGCGCCCCCGUGUGCGACGAAACGGUUGGCAAGAGCUUCUACAUGGCACCCGAGGUAGUUCUUGGACACUCAUACGACCCCUGCAAGGCCGAUGUGUGGUCCCUUGGGGUCAUCCUAUUUAUGAUGCUGACGGGUGUCCCCCUUUGGCAAGUGGCAUCUCCAGACGACCAGUCAUUCGAGUACUUUAAGAUGAACGGCUUACAUAACCUUAUCUCAAUAUGGGGGAUCGAGUUGGAGAUCCGAGUUGUCGACUUGCUGGCGCACAUGCUCGAGCCCCAACCCGCACAACGAUUCGGAUUGGGCCAAGUUGUCGAUCACGAGUUCAUUGCUGGCCGAAGGAAGUCAGUACUGAAGGCAACUUUGGAGUCCAAUACCAAAUGCAGCCGAGCUGCAACAGCAUUCGCCUUUGUCCAAAGGAUUUUUAAGCAUGGCGACCCAACAUGCGCCCCAUAAUUUGACUUGUAUAUUACAGUGUUUUUUCGGGUAAUCGAA